GAGAAUCCAUUACCAGUUCAGAUAAAGAAGGAGGCUAAGGAGGAGAGGAGCAGAAACAUCACGGCCAAGAGGCUUCACAGUGAUUUAGACAAUGACGAGGAUCCACAGGACAGCACCACAAAAGAUGAGGGCUGAACUGAAAGGCCCACCCUCUUUUAUAUCCUGUUCAUGUUUACUCUCUGCCACAUCUGAUUUUUCUUUCAUAGUUUUUUAAAUCAGAGGGGAAAGAAACGGAGGUUCGCACAAAGACUGGCACGUUCCAUUCAUGCAGACGACUCACACUUUUCAAACACAUCGUGGCACAAAGUGCUAUUUUUACUUUCUUGUACCUGUUCUUUUCCAGUAAUUAUUAUUUCUGUUUUAUCUGCUUCAGUCCCUCUGAUUGCCGCUGCAGAUGUGAUGUAAAAGAUACUUUCACUGACUGUUUUCAACCCGUAUUUUUGAUUGUAUGAGCUGCCUUCAUGUGUCUUUGCAGCAUGAUAUCCACCCAGCUCCUCCAGAGGAGCACCCACUGUCAACACGGUUCAGGUGUUCAGGGCGACACCACCGAAGCACACAGACAAGUCUUUUUUAAUAAAGAUGAAGAACAAUUACUCUACAUGUGAUUUAAGAAAAAAUAAAACACCUUUAAUAUUAACAAUUUAAAAAAAAAAGACUAAAGUUGAGUGGAACUAAGUCACCUUAACUGCAAGUAUGCUUUUUGUCAGUUUCUGAUAUUUGAUGGAGUCAGUUUUGGUCUAACCAAGGGUAAACAUAUUGGACAUUUAUAUCUCUUGUGCUACCGUAUAUUCACAUAUUGUACAGUUUGUGUCUGAAGUUAUUUCUUUUCAUGUGCUCUCCUGGUUGUUGGAGAGGAUGGAAUUCGUCAUUGUUAAGACAAUCCCUGAAAAUAUGUAUCACUUGCAAAAUAAAACUUCGCCAAAAAAUAAAGCCCACUUGUUUGUAAA